AUGACGACUAGAUUGAAUAAACUUGCUAACCGUACACAAGAUGGCUUUGUUCAUCAUGGAAAUAAUGGUCUUGAAAAUGGUCUUAUAACAACUGCUGCUAUUACAUCAUCAUUAGUAACAAUGAAUACUAAUUUCGAUGUAAUAAUUAUUGGUGCUGGAUUUACUGGUCUUAUGGCUGCACGUGAACUUAGCUUUCGUAAUCGAAAAGUAUUAAUUAUUGAAGCACGAGAUCGAAUAGGUGGUCGAACAUUUACAACUGAAGUUGAAAAACAAAAAUAUGAAAUUGGUGGUACAUGGAUACAUUGGAGUCAACCUCAUAUAUGGAAUGAAAUUACACGUUAUGGUCUUUCAAUUGUAGAAACUAAAGGUGUAACAGCUGAUCGUCUUAGUUUAUUAUUAGAUAAUGGUUCUCGAUUAAAAAUUACGUCAAUGACUGAUUUAUUACCACAAUUAUGUGAAGCUAUGAAUAAAUAUAGUGAUAUUGAUGGAGUUCAAGGACGAAAUGUUAUGCCUUUACCAUAUGAACCUUUUGCUGCCAAUGAGGCUAUUCAAAUUUAUGAUAAAAUGUCCAUGCAAGAUCGAUUAGAUGAAAUUUCAACUAUAUUUGAUAAUAAUAAAGAAAUGUAUGAACUACUAGAUGCAUAUCUUUCAAUGAAUUCACAAUGUAAACUUUCUGAAAGUGGAUUUAUUGAUCAUCUUCGUUGGUGGGCACUUGGAGAUUAUGAAACAUGUCGAUUAUUUGAUAAAACUAGUCGAUAUAAAUUAACUGAAGGAAUAAGUACAUUAGCACAAGCUAUGUUAAAUGAUUGUCAUGAUGUUCAAUUGUUACUUUCUACUCCGAUUGUUUCUGUUAAUCGAACCAAUGAUAAUAAUGUUAUAAUUAGUACACAAAAUGGACAAUUAUUUACUGGUCGUAGUGUAAUUAUUACUAUUCCAUUGAAUACAUUACACAAUAUAGAAUUUUCACCAUCAUUAAAACUUGAAAAACAACGUGUUAUUAGUGAACAACAAUGUCGUGGUGGUAGUAAAUUUACUGUUAAACUUGAAGAAUCAAUUGGAAAUUGGAGUGGUUAUGCACCAUAUCCUAAUCCAAUAACAAUGGCAUAUACAGAUGAUGAAGAUGGUACAACAAUUAUUGCAUUUGGUAUGGAAGAUUUAUUAGAUAUUCGAGAUUUUGAUGCUGUAAAACUGGCUUUAAGUAAAUUAUUACCCGAUAUUAAAAUCAAAUAUAUUAUUGGACAUGAUUGGCGUAGUGAUCCUUUUACAGGUGGAACAUGGGGAUGGUAUCGACCUGGACAAGUGACAUCGAAUUUAUUAACAUUACAGGAACAUGAACCACCUUUAUUUUUUGCAAGUAGUGAUACAGCUAAUGGUUGGCGAGGCUUUAUUGAUGGAGCUCUUGAAAGUGGACUUACAGUUGUUCGACAUGUUGAACGUUAUCUUAAUGAAAAAUUAAAUUGA